UUGCUCCCCACAUACACCGGGGGAUUGAAAUCGAAGAUUAUGGGCCAGGACUUAACCAGAUCGAUGUCCAGCGCCCCUCCUGGAGUCCCCACGGCAGACAGCUCUCGCUACGAACACCUCCUCGUCACUCUUCAUGAAGGCGUCAGGACUAUCACCUUCAAUAGGCCUGAGAAGAAGAAUGCUCUUAAUGAAAAGAUGUUUGAUGAAAUUGUCGUUGCCUUGCAAGAGGCUGCUGACGAUCCCAACACCAUUAUCACAGCGACAACAGGUUCUGGAAAUGUCUUCACAGCAGGGAACGAUCAGAGUAACUUUCGCACUUUGACCAUGGCUCAAAUAAGGGAUCUUCUCAUCAGAUUCAUUGGGGCCUUCAUCGAUUUCCCGAAACCUCUCGUGGCCUUGGUCAAUGGAGCAGCUGUCGGCGCAGGCACUACCCUGCUGCCUCUUUACGAUCUUGUUUAUGCCAAAGAAAAUGCUGUCUUUUUCACACCCUUCUCUGCACUGGGCAUUACUGCUGAAGGCUGCUCUACUUACACCUUCCCAAAGAUUAUGGGUCCAGGACAAACUACAGAAAUGUUGUUUAACAAAAGGUUUUCAGCUGCAGAAGCAUACAGGCUAGGCCUAGUGACUGAAGUCUUCCCGGAGGCAACAUUUCAGCAACAAGUGGAACAAAGGUUACAGGCAAUGGCCAAGUUGCCACUGAAGUCUCUUGUAUAUUCAAAGGCAUUAACUCGUGACAUUCACAAGGAAGCCUUACACAAGGUGAAUGUUGCUGAAUGCCAGCGUGUCACAGAGCGUUUCGUAGCUGUGUACUUGCCUGGCAAAGAGGAAUACCAAGAAUUUGUUAUGAGUGACUGUGAUGGAAAAGCUUAACGGGAGACAAGACAUGACGUUUGUGAAUUAUUGUGAUGCAAUUGAUAUAAAAGAAGAAUACAGAAGACAAGACAAGAGAUAAUGCUUCUUU